CGGCGAUCAAAUGAAGUGAUCAUCAGUUUUUCCACUGAAAUAUUGCAAUAUUUUUUCAUUUGCUUUAAAUGUGUUUCUGUUUAAAAUAUAUGCGAAUAUUUGCCAUUAAUAUAAUUAAAAUUAAAUAAUAAUUAUAAUAAUGCAUUCAUUAAUUGUGUUAAUAGUGUUAACAGUAUUUUACAUAUUAGUAGAUGUGAGCACUUGUGUGCAAAUUAAUUAUGUUUACCAUAACUACACUUCAAUGACCGGUAUAUUAAAGAGUAUUAACAAAACCAAUUCAGAUCUCGUGUAUCUCUACUCCAUUGGGAAGUCGGUUGAAGGCAGAGAGCUAUGGGUUCUCCUCAUCACUAAAGAUCCUGCUCGGGAAGUGGUGCUGAAGCCAAACGUGAAAUAUGUGGCUAAUAUGCACGGCAAUGAGGCGGUGGGCCGGGAGCUGAUGCUUCAUCUCAUCGCUUAUCUCAUCAAUAAUAGCAAAAAUAAAGUGAUAAAAAAUCUAUUGGAAACGACAAGAAUCCAUAUCAUGCCGUCUAUGAAUCCGGACGGCUUUGAAAUGAGCCUCGAAGGCAAGUGU